AAAUGGCUUGCUGUCUGAAGGACGAACUCCUUUGCUCAAUCUGCUUGAGCAUUUACCAAGAUCCUGUCAGCUUUGGGUGCGAGCACUACUUCUGCCGGAAAUGUAUCACUGAGCAUUGGAGCAGGCAGGAACACCAUGGCACUCGGGACUGUCCCGAGUGUCGGAGAACCUUCACUGACCCACUGCUCUCCCCAAGCCUCAAGCUAUCCAAUAUCGUGGAACGGUACUCUGCCUUCCCCUUGGAUGCCAUCCUCAGCGCGCAGCGGAGCUCCUACCCGUGCAAAGACCACGAGAAGGUCAAGCUCUUCUGCCUCAGUGACAAGAACCUGGUGUGCUUCUUCUGUGAUGAACCUGCCUUGCACGAGCAGCACCAGGUGACCACCAUAGAUGAUGCAUUUGAAGAGAUCCAAAGGGAGAUGAAGGAACAGCUGGCCAGCCUGCAAGAUAGCGAGAAGGGCCACACAGAGGCGCUCCAGCUGCUACAGAGACAGCUCACCGAGACCAAGUCGUCAGCGAAGAGCCUGCGAGCAACGGUAGGUGAGGCCUUCGAGCGGCUGCACCGGUUCCUGCGCGAGCGGCAGAAGAGCAUGCUGGAGGAGCUGGAGGCGGACACGGCCCGCACCCUCGCCGACAUCGAGCGCAAGAUCCAGCGCUACAGCCAGCAGCUCCGCGACGUCAAGGAGGGCAUUCAGAUCCUGCAGGAGCGGCUUAGUGAGACGGGCCGCCAUGAGUUCCUGGAGGGCGUGGCAGUCACCUCUGAGAGAAUAAAAGGAAAGAUUCACGAAACCAACCUCACGUACGAAGAUUUCCCCACGUCGAAGUACAUGGGGCCCCUGCAGUACACAAUAUGGAAGUCCCUGUUCCAGGAUAUCUCACCAGUACCAGCUGCCCUGACCCUGGACCCCAUGACAGCUCACCAACGCCUCAUUCUGUCAGAUGACUGCACCAUCGUGGCGUAUGGGAACUUGCAUCCGCAGCCACUACAGGACUCGCCUCGCCGCUUCGACGUGGAAGUGUCCGUCCUGGGGGCGGAGGGCUUCGGCUCCGGCGUGCACUACUGGGAGGUGAUGGUGUCCGAGAAGACCCAGUGGAUGAUCGGGGUGGCGAGUGAGGUGGUCAGCCGCAAGGGCAGCAUCCAGAUCCAGCCUAGCCGUGGCUUCUACUGCAUCGUCAUGCAUGACGGCAACCAGUACAGCGCCUGCACCGAGCCCUGGACCCGCCUUAAUGUGAAGAGCAAGCUGGAGAAGGUGGGCGUCUACCUGGACUACCCCAAAGGCCUCUUGGUGUUCUACAACGCCGACGACAUGUCCUGGCUCUACACCUAUAGGGAGAAGUUCCACACUAAGCUCUACCCCUACUUCAGCCCGGGUCAGAGCCAUGCCAACGGCAAGAACGUACAGCCCCUACGCAUCAACACAGUUCGCCUCUAGAAUCCGUGAAACUGGGGGUCCAGGCAGGAUGGGUCAUCAGGGAAAGCACAGUGCACAGGGUUAAGCUCAACCUAAGAGCACUUGUGGCUCUGGUGCCUGGAAAAAUGCCCCC